AAAGUAGGGAUCGGCGUUCUCCAGGCAAAAGAGCUAACGCGGCAGCAAAUGGUAGUGACGGAGAGCAACGGUGUGCCGUGUGGUCACUAGGGCCAGCGAGGCAUCGUCGAUGCCACAACGACUCGCGGUACCGAACCGAGAACAUCGGUUGUCGAACACGAGAGCCUUCUCCUGCCGCGUUUCGCACUCUGUCACGUCCUAACGCAACAACUAUCGUUUACACGAAGAGGAAACACACACGGAGAAGGAACAACACAACAAGAGAAAUAUAUAUAUUACCGAGUACGUAUCGAGGGAAAAAGAUAAGACGCGUGUAAACUCAGGUGCGCACACAGGCACACACAUAGAGGAAAGGCUGAGUCUUCAGGGACGAAGAGAAACGAGUUUGCAAACGGAACAGGUCGCGGUGAAGCUUCAGUCCGGCUCGAGAAAUCGCCGGUUAACGAGUCGCGUGUCUGACUUGUCGUCACGGAUUUGCGGUUUUUUUUUUUGUUUUUCGUCGACAUUCUUCACGGUUUACAAGUGAGUGGUAUUAUUCUCGAGGACGAUUACGCGUGUUCGAAUUUGUAUGAAAUAUCGUCGUACGAGAUUGUGAUUGCCGAGUGAGUUACAAUGACUAUACACAAGAAAACCGGUGGAAAGAGCAAGGGGAGCACGAAGGAAGUCGCCGCUGCUUCCUCCAGCUCCUCAGACAUGACCACUGUGGAGACUGUCGAGGUGGUAUCGUCGACGAGCGUCGUCGAGGAGGAGAGACAGGUGAUGGAGAGUGAAUCUAGAAGCAGUAUCGUCGAGACGAGCAGUGCUAGCAGAGAGGUCAUCAUGGAUUCGAAGGGUAACGUGAUCAAAAUCAUCGACACUCCUUCGCCGACUCCUCCGCGAACUACUUCCACCUACAAAUCAGGCAAAAGUUCGCAGGAUUUCAUCGCCGAGGAGCAGGUACAAAAUGUGAAACAGAGUAAAACGAUCAUCGAGAGUCCGCAGAAAAUGAAGGAUCUUGAAGUUUAUUCGGGCGAUCGUCGCGGAGGAACGUUGGAGCAAGUCAGUAGAUCGUCCGAGACGCAAAGUCGCAGCGAAUCUCGAGCGGAGACCGUUGAAAAAUCCGUGUCCUCGACCACGGUGGUGGAGACUUCGUCUUCGACAGAGGAUUACUACGAUCACCAGUCGAAGAGGAUGGUUUCCAACGGGACCGGGAAGAGCGAGCAAGUCCCGCGAGUGCAAACAUCGUCCAAGUCGUACGAGAGCAGACAAGCGAGCAAAGACACGUACGAGGAGGUCACUAAAGAUGGCCAAACAACGGCUAGCAGCAUGAGAGUUCGCGAGUCCGGGGAAAAAGUGGACGACAAUGGACGGGUGACGGCCUCGCAGAGUCGCAGCACUGACAACGAAACAACGGUCGUACCAUCGGACCACGCCGGAGUCAAACACAGGGAUGACGUCAGGAGCGCGAAUAACAAGGUGAUUCUCGAUUCUUCCGCGAGUGAAAGCACGGCGAGGAGCGACGUAAAAGCGGACAAACGCAGCGAAGUCGUGACACGGUGCAACAAACCUAGCCAGUCUGCGUGGGACGGCACGUUUAUUAGCGAAAGUCCACCGCAGGCGAAAGAGGAUAAGGUCAGAACGGUGCACGUGACGUCUCGAAGGGACAGAGAGACGGAGAAAGCACGUAAAGAACUGGCUUCGCAGCUUGCCAACACGGAUAUCAAACAGGACAGCGUGUCCAGCGUUGAAAUCACCGAGAGUUCGGUCAUCGAUCAGCGUGCGUCCUCGUCCUCGUCCACGAUAAUUCGCGACUCGAGGAUUGUCGUCGACGAGGGAGUCACUUCGUCGACGAAUAUCGAGAGCUUCGAUCGAAAUUUGUCGUCUAUAUCGAAGGAUUCUUUGGAGAACAUCUCUGGAGACGCGAUCGACUUCGCUGGCGGACAGAAGCAGAUCACGACGGAAGUGCAGAAGGGAUCGAGUAGGUAUGCGAAACCUGGAGAAUCUACUUGGGAUGGAACUUUCGUGACGGAGAAGCAGCCAUUGCCUAGGAAACGGAACGUUUCUGACGCCUCUGUUUUCCAUCAUCCUGGCGGAGACAACGUCGUGGAAUCGACGCAGAGAACGGAUUUCAAAGAGAAGAGUUUGGACGGUUCUUACGAGAAGAAGUCGUCCAAUCUGGUUCACGUGGUACAAGGCGGUACUGAUUCUUCGAGGUUCGUAUCUGAGGAGCGUAGAGACGUUACGGAGGAAAUUUACAUCGAUGGAAAGCCUGUUAAGAGGACAGAUGUAUCGAGAGAUAGAACGUCUCCGGUGAGAAGAACCACGAGACCAGGAGAAUCUACAUGGAACGGGCAGUUUACAUACGAGAAGCCUCAGGAUACCACUAAAAAGUCGUCGACAGACAAGACGGUCGUCAGAACGAGCGAAAAGAGACACGAUUCUGUCGACAUCCAAGAUAUCACCGAAGAACAAAAUGUCUCCAACGUGUCAGAGUCCGUUUCAUCCUCCUACGUCGUCGAAUACGCUACGAUCAGCGACGAGAAGAAGAAGAUCAGCGAGAAGGUGACCGCCGUUUCUGACGCGAUCUUAGAAGAAGACUCCGGAGAGAGUGGUUCUCCUCGACGACCAGGUACUCCGCAAAAAUCAGUUAAACCAGACUCAACAACGUCGCAGAAUUACAAACCUGGACAGUCUACGUGGGACGGAAGCUUCGUCUACGAAAAGCCACAGGUCCCCGAGCGUCGCAGAAAACCGGAAGCUCGUCGAACCACCGACUCGGUUGUGAUCCGUGACGUCACGGAGGACAACUCUAUAAACGAGGCGGAAAUCUCUACAGCAUCCUACGUGGUUGAGCAUUCGUCCAGCCAGCAGAGUUUCACGGAAGUCAAAGACUCCAGCCUCUCUUCUGUGCACGAAACAGUGAUCGUGGACUCGCAACCGGUACGUCAGGACGGUUCGAGCAGACCAGGAAGUCCAGAGAAGGCGCCUAAAGGCAGAGAAACUAGAGUUACCAAGCCUGGUUCGUCGACCUGGGACGGGACCUUCGUCAGAGAGAGAACACCAGAGCCUAAGAGACCGUCGAGCAGAGAAUCUAUCGAUAAAUCUGUCGAAGAGCCUAGAGAGAGUCCUGUGCCAAGAUCGAGGAAGCACGUGAGUGAUACCACUUUAGAUAUUCGAGAUAAAGUAUCCAGUAGCUCGGAGGUCUUCAGCAAUUCCAUAGUCGUGGAGCAAUCAUCUGCCCACGAGAGUUAUUCGGAUUCCUCGAAUCUGGAUUACUCUACCAGCUCUAUGGAGACGGUGAUUAUUCGCAACGGAGUUCCAGUGACGGUACAGAAAAGCGUGACGAUCGAGGAAGGAUCUAAAGGUCCGGAGAAGAAACCGUUAGAACCGAAAGCUCGUCGACCUCAACCAGACGACUCGAAGUUACCCGAGAAACGUUCAAAGAGCCCGGAGAAGACUGACAGAACCACUCGACCGUCUAAACCAGGUGCCUCCACGUGGGACGGUUCGUUCGUGUACGAAAAACCUUCAGACAAGCCGACCGAUAAGAGACCAUCGACCGAUAUAGCUCGCCAGCCGACAGAUAAACAAACCUCGAUUCAAAUCUCGCCGACAGACGUCAGAACGUCACCGGAUGACAAGCAAUCCACUUACAUAACCGAAAAAUCGAUCACUCUGUCGGAUACUUCGAGAGAAACCUCCGAAUUCGUCACUUCGACCACUCUGGAACGCACUCUCGUCUCUGAUACCGAGGUCCACGAUUCCUCCAAAGUAUCCACGACGAUCGUACAGGAAAUCGACGACAAGAAGAGGCUCGGCGAACCAGUUCCCCGGUCACCGGGCAGAAAACAUCCAGAAGAUGGGAAAAAGUCUCCGGAGAGACGUCCGAAAAGCCCAGAGAAGAGCAGUCCUAUAGAUAGAACCGCGAGACCGAGCAAACCUGGUGCUUCGACUUGGGACGGUUCGUUCGUGUACGAGAAGCCGCGAGAGGAAAAGAAGAAAGCGACGGAUCAGGAUAAGAAGCCAAGAGAAGAGGGACAAAAAGAUUCUCCGGCUAAAGAUAAACCUAAAGGGGACAAACCGAGGUCCGUAGUGCCUAAAGACGACGAGACGCAUAUCACGGUGGUGAGACGCGACGUGACAGAUGUACGAGACGCGAAGGAUAUCACGGAUAUCGAGCUGGUACAGCAAUCGUCUUACGUAAUCGAUCAGUCGUCCAGUUUCACCUCGGUGCAGGACGUCCGCGACGUGCUCGAGGAACGUGUCAUCAGCGAAUUUACAACGGACACGCGUAAAGACGUGAGAGAUGUCACUAAGUCAAGAACGAGCGAAUUCAUCGACAAAGAGCAGGUGACUAGUAUGGUAGCGCAGGAUGUCGUUGAUGACGUUCGGUUCGACAGAUUCACCAGCUCGGCUCCCAGAUCUCGCGGCGGUUCUCCGCGGAAAGGUUCGCCGGAGAGAGCCGGUUAUCCGCGAGGAAUCCCCGGACUGCGGGAGGACGAUCGACCCAAACCGAUUCCAGCGGCUGGAAAGCCGAGUCGACCUCCUCAGCGAGACCAGGGUCCGGAGGAGACGAAAAGACCAACUGGCGCCAGGCCACAGACGCCGGAAAAGCCACGGGACUAUGUUUCCCCGGCAACGAAGCCCAUGCCAGCAGCAGGGAAACCAAGUCGCCCUGAAGAAAGAGGACCUGGCAAGGCGCCACGACCCGAAGAAACGACUCUGAGGAAGCCUGCUCGACCCGAGGAGAAGCCGAAGGUUCCAGAGAGACCUGAGGAUAGGCCAGCCGCUGGAAAACCUAGUCGACCGGAGGAAAGACCGACGAAACCCGAAGAGAAGCCUAGGAGAGGAGAUCAGACGCCGGACUCUCUCGAAGGAGACGAUCUCCAGCCUGAAAAGCUGCCCGAUAUACUGUCCAAGAUUCCUCUGAAGGAGCAGUGCAUCUGCGAACUCUGCACUUGCGGACGACAUCGUUGCCCGCAUAAUUUACCCCAAGAUCACCUGGAGAUCCCUCGGAACGAGCCAGUCCAUGCGGUGUCCUCCUAUCGUGAGGAAUUCGACGCGAAGCAUGUUGACAAGCAGACGAUCUACCAUCACGAGGAUCAUCUUCGCAUGGAAGGAGAAUUCAUCGGAGAGAGGCGGACAGAUUACGUGGCGACAAGGGGCGAAAGGGCACCGGUGAGGAAACCUCAGGACAACUUGAAACCGGAGGGUGAUUUCAUCGGCAGACCGAAGGAGGAAGCGCCGAAAUAUGGCGACCGUGCACCUGUUAGGAGACCGCAGGAUAAUCUCCGACCUGAGGGGGAAUUCGACAGUACAACCACCACAGAGCUGGUGUUCACCGGAACUCCCGGCGAACGUCCAGGCCCUGUGCGUCGCAACACCUACACCAAAGUGGAAGGUGAAUUCCUCGACUCGACCACCUCAAGAUCCGAGUACAUUGAUCAUCGCACUGUCCAACGCGCAGAGAUUAUCAAACGUACGGAUAACCUCACCGUGGGAGAGGGUGAAUUCACGGGUACCUCUCAUCUCAAGGAGGAUUUCCACACGUACGACAUGGUCGACAGGCAGCUACCUCGACGUCGGCUAACCAAUACAGACGAAGACGAUCGUUUCUACAGCAAACAAGAUAUCGUCGAGAGCACUACAACUACCCAGGAACAGUACCGAAGCUUCGAUCAGACUGAUUACAGAAGCACAGCGGUGAUCAGACGUGACGACAACCUGAGACCAGAGGGACCAUUCGAAGGAGUGCCUCGUACGAAGGACGACUACGUUGUGCCUGCUUUAACUAGGAGGCCAGAGCCACAGAGACCUAAGGAUAACUUGAAGCCGGAGGGGCCGUUUGAGGGAAGGCCUAAGGACGAUUAUAAACCAACUUGGGGCGAGAGAGCCGAUGUGAAGAGACCUCAGGAUAACUUGAGACCAGAGGGACCGUUUGAAGGACGCCCCAAGGAUGAUUAUUCGCCUAAGAAAGCGGAUAGACCGGAAGUGAAGAGGCCUGAGGAUAACUUGAGACCAGAGGGACCGUUCGAAGGUAGGCCUAAGGAUGACUAUAUGCCUACUAGGGGCGAGAGAGCCGAUGUGAAGAGACCUCAGGAUAAUUUGAGACCAGAAGGACCUUUCGAGGGACGUCCCAAGGAUGAUUAUUCGCCUAAGAGAGCAGAUAGACCCGAAGUGAAGAGGCCUGAAGAUAAUUUGAGACCGGAGGGACCAUUCGAAGGACGGCCUAAAGAUGACUAUAUGCCUACUAGAGGCGAGAGAGCCGAUGUGAAACGGCCUGAAGAUAAUUUGAGACCAGAGGGACCGUUCGAAGGUAGGCCUAAGGACGAUUUCACGCCGAAAACUGCGGAGCGACCGGAAGUAAAGAGGCCACGGGAUAAUCUCAGGCCUGAAGGACCGUUUGAAGGGAGGCCUAAGGACGACUAUGUGCCAACUAGGGGAGAAAGAGCUGACGUGAAACGGCCUGAAGACAAUCUAAGACCCGAAGGUCCAUUCGAAGGACGUCCUAAGGAUGAUUUCACGCCGAAAACUGCAGAACGUCCGGAAGUAAAGAGGCCACAGGACAAUCUCAGGCCUGAAGGACCCUUCGAAGGACGUCCUAAGGAUGAUUAUAUGCCAACCAGAGGAGAGAGAGCUGAUGUGAAACGGCCUGAAGAUAAUUUGAGACCCGAAGGACCGUUCGAAGGUCGUCCUAGGGAUGAUUUUGCUCCCAAAACCGCAGAACGUCCGGAAGUAAAGAGGCCUCAAGAUAAUCUAAGACCGGAAGGGCCGUUCGAAGGUCGUCCUAAGGACGAUUUCACUCGAAAAACCGCUGAAAGACCGGAAGUAAAGCGGCCGCAAGAUAAUCUAAGACCCGAAGGACCAUUCGAAGGUCGCCCCAAGGAUGAUUUCUCACCGAAAACAGCGGAACGUCCGGAGGUAAAGAGACCACAGGAUAAUUUAAGACCUGAAGGGCCGUUCGAAGGUCGUCCAAAGGACGAUUUCUCACCGAAAACAGCCGAACGACCAGAAGCAAAGCGGCCACAGGAUAAUUUGAAACCUGAAGGACCAUUCGAAGGACGUCCUAGGGAUGUCUACACCCCUGGAGAAAGACGUACGCCUAUUAAACACGCUGACAACUUGUAUCCUGAAGGAGAAUUCGAGAGACCAACACCCAUGCCUUACUACGGUCCCAGCGAAUGGGCGCCAAUCGUGAGACACCCCGACAACCUCUUCCCCGAAGGUGACUUCCUAGACAGAGAGCGUGCAGCGUUCACUCCAGCAGAGCGUAGAACACCUAUCAAGCACGACGACAACCUUCGUCCCGAAGGACCGUUCGAGGGACGUCCAAAGGACGACUAUAAACCAACCAGAGGUGAACGCGCAGACGUGAAACGUCCUGAGGACAAUUUGAAACCAGAAGGACCGUUCGAAGGACGUCCUAAGGACGACUUUUCGCCUAAGAGAGCAGAGCGUCCAGAGAUGAAGCGACCUCGGGACAACUUGAAACCAGAGGGACCGUUCGAAGGAAGACCCAAGGACGAUUACAAACCAACUAGAGGCGAACGCGCCGAUGUGAAACGUCCUGAGGAUAAUUUGAGACCGGAGGGACCGUUCGAAGGACGUCCUAAGGACGAUUUCUCGCCGAAAGUUGCGGAACGUCCGGAAGUGAAGCGACCUCAGGAUAAUCUGAGACCCGAAGGACCAUUCGAAGGACGUCCUAAGGACGAUUACAUGCCAACCAGAGGAGAGAGGGCUGAUGUGAAACGUCCUGAGGAUAAUUUGAGACCGGAGGGACCGUUCGAAGGUCGUCCAAAGGACGACUUCUCUCCGAAGAGUGCCGAACGACCUGAAGUGCGCAAACCUCAGGACAAUCUCUACCCUGAAGGUGAAUUCGAGAGACCAGAGAAGCCUAAGUUCGGUCCAGCUGAGAGACGUACUCCGAUCAAACAUCCCGAUAACCUCCGCUCCGAAGGAGACUUCGAGCGACCUGACCACGAAGAGUAUCGUCCAGCCGAGAGGCCUGAAGUCAAGAAGCCUAAGGAUAACCUGAAGCCGGAAGGAGACUUCGAACGUCCUCGUCCCGAGAAGUUCGGUCCUGCGGAGAGAAGAACGCCGAUUAAACAUCCGGACAAUCUGAAACCUGAAGGAGACUUCGUUGGUAAACCCAAGGAUGAUUUCACGCCUACCAAAGGUGACAGAGCUGUCGUCAAGAGACCCGAGGACAAUCUCAGACCGGAAGGACCCUUCGAAGGUCGACCUAAGGACGAUUAUCAACCCGUUCGCGGAGAACGAGUGGAAAUAGUGAAGCGCACGGACAACCUUCGAAUGGAAGGAGACAUCGAGACGUAUAGGUCUAGAGACGAGUACUCGGACUUCCUGAUCCGCGAGAGAACGGAAGUGACCAAGUACCAGGACAAUUUACGAAUGGAAGGGGAAUUCACGGAUGUGAGAACUAGAGACGAUUUCAAAGUCGUGAGAGGUGAACGAGUGGAUAUUGUGAAGCAUCCUGAUAACUUGAAGCCUGAGGGACCCUUCGAAGGUCGUCCAAAGGACGAUUAUUCUCCUAAGAGAGCGGAUAGACCGGAAGUGAAGAGACCGGAGGAUAAUCUGAAGCUCGAAGGAGAGUUCAUCGGCAGACCGAAGGAAGAAGCGCCUAAACAGGGCGAAAGAGCUCCGAUCAAGAAGCCCAAGGACAACUUGCGAUCCGAAGGAGAGUUCGAGAGGCCUGAGAAGAAACCGUAUGGCCCUGCUGAGAAGAGGACUCCCAUCAAACACGCUGAUAACUUGUAUCCCGAGGGAGAAUUCGAGAGACCUAAGCCAGAAGAGUUCAGACCAGCUGAGAGACCGGUUGUCAAGAAACCAACCGACAAUCUGAAACCGGAAGGAGACUUCGUUGGCCGGCCGAAGGAAGAGACUCCUAGAAAAGGCGAAAGGGCUGACGUGAAGAAACCUAAGGAUAAUCUCUAUCCUGAAGGAGAGUUCGAGGUUCCGGAGAAAACGCCUUUCGGCCCGGCUGAGAGACGCACUCCUAUCAAACAUCCCGACAACCUUCGCUCCGAAGGAGAUUUCACGAGGCCACAGCGCGAGGAAUUCAGACCAGCCGAGAGGCCUGAAGUGAAGAAGCCUAAGGACAACUUGAAGCCGGAAGGAGACUUCGAACGUCCUCGUCCCGAGAAGUUCGGUCCCGCGGAGAGAAGAACGCCUAUCAAACAUCCGGACAACCUGAAGACCGAAGGCGACUUUGUUGGAAAACCGAAGGAAGAGGCUCCGAAACGUGGAGAACGCGCGGAUGUCAAGAGACCGCAAGACAAUCUUCGCUCCGAAGGCGACUUCGAGCGUCCUGAGAAGUCUCCUGUCAGACCUGCCGAGAAACGAACGCCUAUCAAACACCCCGACAACCUGAAGCCGGAGGGAGAGUUCGUCGGGAGACCCAAGGACGAUUACAAGCCCACGAGAGGAGAACGAGCCGACGUGAAGAGGCCUGAGGAUAAUUUGAAACCCGAAGGACCCUUCGAAGGACGUCCGAAGGACGACUUCGUCCCAGUUCGUGGCGAACGAGCGGACAUCGUCAAACGAACGGAUAACCUACGAAUGGAAGGCAACAUCGAGACUUACAGAUCCAGAGACGAGUACACAGACUUCAUAAUUCGCGAGAGAGCAGAAGUGACCAAGUACCGGGACAAUUUGCGCAUGGAAGGAGAAUUUACCGACGUUCGAACGAGGGACGAUUUCAAGGUCGUGAAAGGAGAACGCGUGGAAGUUGUGAGACACAAAGAUAACUUGAGGCAGGAGGGUCCGUUCGAGGGUCGUCCUAAGGACGAUUACUCGCCUAAGAAAACAGAGAGACCGGAGAUGAAGAAACCCGAGGACAACUUGAAAUCUGAAGGAGAGUUCGAGAGACCUGAGAAGAAAUCUUACGGACCGGCAGAGAGACGUUCUCCGAUUAAACACGACGAUAACUUGAAGCCGGAAGGCGAGUUCAUCGGCCGUCCGAAGGAACAAGCGCCGAAGAAGGGCGAAAGAGCUGACGUGAAGAAGCCUAAGGACAAUUUGAAGCCUGAAGGAACCUUCGAGAGACCGGAGAAGAAACCCUUCGGUCCUGCAGAGAGGAGGAGUCCGAUCAAACACCCGGACAAUCUAAAAACAGAGGGAGAAUUUGUAGGCCGUCCUAAAGAAGAAGCGCCUCUCAGAGGCGAAAGGGCUGACGUGACCAGGCCCAAGGACAAUCUACGUUCCGAAGGAGAGUUCCAGAGGCCGCAGAAGUCUCCUGUUGGACCAGCUGAGAGGAGAACGCCCAUACGUCACGAGGAUAAUCUCCACCUCGAAGGAGAAUUCGUGGGACGACCUAAGGACGACUUCACGCCGAAACGCGCCGACAGACCAGUCCAGAAGAAGCCUAAGGACAAUCUGAAGCCCGAAGGAGAGUUCACCGGCAGGCCUAAGGACGACUACAAGCCAACGAAGGGCGAGAGGACGGAGAUAGUGAUCCACAGAGACAACUUGAAGAUGGAAGGCGACAUCGACGUUCGUCGAUCGAGAGACGACUACAGAACGAUCACCAAGGUCGAGCGAGUGGACGUGGUUCGCCGAGAGGAUAAUUUGCGGAUGGAGGGAGAGUUCGUGGACAUCAGAAGACGCGACGACUACAGAGCGACUCGUGGAGAGCGCAGCGAGAUCGUUCGACACGAAGACAACCUGAAAACCGAGGGAGACUUCGAGAGACCGGAGAAAUCUCCCGUUGGACCAGCUGAAAGAAGGACUCCCAUCAAGCAUCCCGACAAUCUCAAGCCUGAAGGUCAAUUCGCGCAACGUCCAAAGGCGCCAACGCCUACGAAAGGCGACAGAGCUGUAGCGAAGAAGCCUAAGGACAACCUGAGAACCGAGGGAGACUUCGAGAGGCCUGAGAAGUCUCCCGUUGGCCCAGCAGAGAGACGUUCGCCGAUCAAACACCCUGACAACCUGCAUCCUGAGGGAGAAUUCACCGGAAGACCUCGACAGGAGACGCCGACCAGAGGAGAACGCGCCGACGUGAAGAGACCCAAGGACAAUUUGCAUCCCGAGGGUGAAUUCGCUAAGAGAACACCGCAGAAAGUUGGUCCAGCCGAGAGACGAACUCCCAUUCGCCACGAGGACAAUCUUCACCUAGAAGGGGACUUCUACAUAGUACCUAAAGACGAUUUCACUCCUAAGAGAGGCGAGAGAGCGCCGGUCAGGAAGCCUCAGGACAACCUGAAGCCGGAAGGAGAAAUGGACGUCACUCCCAAGGACGAUUACAGAUACGUGAACGGAGAUCGAGUGGAGGUUCGUCGUCACGAGGACCACCUGAAGAUGGAAGGAGAGAUAGACAUCCGACGAUCCAGAGACGAUUACAAGAAGAUCACCAAAGUAGAGAGAGUGGACGUUAGGAAACGCGAGGAUAACCUCAAGAUAGAAGGAGAGUUCAUCGACGUGCGUCGCAAGGACGACUACGCUCAUGUGGUCGUCGAACGUACUCCGGCGAAGAAGUAUCCGGACAAUCUGCGGUCCGAAGGAGAGUUCGACAGGCCUCAGAAGUCUCCUCUGGGACCAGGAGAGAGAAGGUCUCCCAUCAAACAUCCUGACAACUUGAAACCAGAAGGCGAUUUCGAGCGUAGAACUCCAGAGAAAGUUGGUCCGAUCGAGCGCAGAUCUCCUAUUCGUCAGACGGACAACUUGAAGCCGGAAGGAGACUUCAUCGGGAGAGCUCGCGACGAUUUCACGUCGAAGAGAGGCGAGCGAGCCGAAGUGAUUCGCAGAGAGGACAAUCUCAAGAUGACUGGCGAGUUUCAGGACACCACUUCGCAGAGAUCCACUUACACGGUGGUUCGUGGAGAACGCGCGGAGAUCAAGCGCCACGAGGACAAUCUCAAGGUGAGCACCGGCGCUAUGGAGACGAAGACGACCAACAGAGACAUGUUCACGCCGACUAAAAACGAAGAUUCUCCGGCUGGCAAACCUGUCAGUCGCAGACGUCACAUGGAGUCCUCGAUUACUCUUGGAGACGACGUUACGACGAUGUCCACCACCACUCAGAGGAACUACAACACGUUCACCAAACGCACUGCCAAGGAAGUCGCCGCGAAGAUCAGCAGCAUGGAGUCAGACAGCAGAAGAAACGUCUCUGCAGAGUCGAAGACGCUGGAGAACGGUCCGGUGGUCACCACUCUGAAGAAAACCACCGGAGAGAGGAUCUCCUCCGCUCAGAAUGUACACUCUCAACGUGUGAUAACCGAUCAUCGUGCCAUACAACCCGACGGACCGAGUCCGCAGGAGUCGAGACGGUCCUUGACGCCUGUCUCGGGUAGUCAACAGUACAUAAACGAGCAUAAUCAAAGAGUACAUUCGAGCGAGCAGCAUACGAGAUCGCAGACGCGAAGAGUCGUCGACGACAGGUCUGUCGCUGACGUUCACAACAGAACCUACGUGGUAGACGGUAGAUACAGCGAUCAACAGCAGAAACAAUUAGAGAAACAUCACCAAGAAUCUGCUAAGCGUGACUACGUGAACACUCACCACGUGGAGUCUAGGCAAUCUGCUACCAGACAGAAACAACAGCACGAGCAGCACACGAUUUCCAGUCAGGCUCGUUACAAUUCGAAUCAGGCGAGCAGCGCUGAGUUCAAGCAAGCGAUGAGUGGUCAGUCGAUGGAGACCGCGAUCACGAAGACCAGCCAUCACAGGAAGAAUAUAAUCUCUUCGUCGUCUGCUGACGUUACCAAUUCGGUUCUCCACAGACGCGGAGUUACUUCGUCGACAGAGGCUCUUCACACGAUUUCUUCGACGGCCGCAGAUCAGAAGAAGAGCAUUUCCAACUUGGCGGAGAGCGGUCAGUACAUCAGCAACUCGAGCCAGAGCAGCGACAGACGAAGUUUGACCUCUUUGCAUCGCAGCACGAAGGACGUGAAUCCUUGGGCGUCUUCGACGUACGAACGUCCUCAGAGAAUCGUCAGACGGGACAAUCUGACGGUCGGAGGGAAGUUUUACUCGCACAGCGAGGCGAAGAAUUAUGGGAAUUUCACGAGCCAGAAGGUCGAACGUGUUCACAAACAGGCGAACGUGUCCCAUAUCAAUUUGGGCGAUGGAAGUACGGUGACUUCGAGCAUGUACAAGAAAGAGUACGCGCCGAGACACAAAGGACCUUGUCCAGCAACUCUGAUCGAGGCGAAACAAACGCCUUUUAAACAUACCAGGGACACGCAGAAGCACAAGUUCUAUAUGCCAGUCGUUUCUAAUUAACAAUCGUUCGAAAAAAUUCUCCCCGUUUUUACUGUGAAAAA